UAAACCCUAACAAAUGGUUUCUCAUCGCAGGAUUGCUAUUUUGCGGGGCAUUUAAUCUUAAAUGAAUGUUGAGACUGCUACCCGUCUGUAAGGAUGGGAUUUCCUUAGAAUAUCUGUCAAGAUCAAGUUGUUACCUCUUACGUUGUUACGGUGUGAGCUGCACCGGCAAUUUGUCUAAUGGCAAUGAUGAAAGAAACAGAGAGAUUGAUGUUGAGGGGCUAUUUAGAGCUUGCACAAAAUCUGAGGACGUCAAGUGCCUUCAUGCUCUUCUUACUAUAUCAGGGAAAGCUAAAAGCUCUUUUGUCGCCACCAGGCUUAUCAAUAUGUAUUCCUAUUUUGGCAAUGUUUCCUUGUCUCGAGAUACUUUUGAGCAAGUCCGAGACAAGGAUUCUUACACUUGGAACUCGAUGAUAUCAGCUUAUGUCCGAAACCGCCAGUCAAAUAAAGCUGUGAAAUGUGUAUCGGAGAUGCUGUCAAGAACUGAUGUUAGACCUGAUUUUCAUACCUUCCCACCUGUGUUGAAAGCUUGUAGUGCUUUACCUGAUGGGGCAAGCUUGCACUGCCGUAUUUUGAAAUCAGGGUUUGAGUGGGAUGUGUUUGUGGCUGCUUCCUUGGUGCAUAUGUAUUGCCGUUUUGGAUUUGCUGAUAGGGCCUAUACAAUUUUCAAGGAUAUGCCAUCUCGUGAUACAGGAUGUUGGAAUUCUAUGAUUUCUGGGUAUUUCCAGAAUGGUAAUGCUAAAGAGGCAUUAAGUAUCUUGGAUGACAUGAUACUUGAGGGAGUGAAGAUGGAUUCAAUGACUGUUGCUACUAUUCUCUCAGUGUGUGCGCAACUGAAUGACUUAUUACGAGGUAUACUGAUCCAUUUGUUUGUCAUAAAGCAUGGUUUGGAGUUUCGUGUAUUUGUUUCCAAUGCCUUGAUUAAUAUGUAUGCCAAACUUGGUGAGUUAAAAUGUGUCCCAAAUGUCUUUGAUCACAUGUAUGUUAGAGAUAUAGUGUCAUGGAACUCCGUAAUUGCAGCAUAUGAGCAAAAUAAUCACCCAGAUGUUGCAAUCAAGCUCUUCCAUCGGAUGCAAUUGAAUAAGGUUCAACCAGAUUUGCUGACUCUAGUCAGCUUGUCUUCAUGCGUUGCUCAAAUGAAGGAUCCUUUAUCCGUCAAAUCUGUUCAUGGAUUCAUCACAAGGAAGUGUUGGAUUACAGAAGAUAUUGUGAUUGGAAAUGGAGUUAUUGACAUGUAUGCCAAAUUAGGCAUUACUGAUUCUGCACGAAAGGUUUUUGAGAGGAUUUCUCGUAAAGAUGUAAUCUCAUGGAAUACAAUGAUCACGGGCUAUGCUCAAAAUGGUCUUGCUGCUGAUGCUGUUGAGGUAUACCAUAUGAUGAAAGAACAUGAGGAUUUGAAACCUAACCAAGGGACCUGGGUCGCCAUUUUACCGGCUUAUGCGCAUCUUGGAGCUCUGAGAGAUGGAAUGAAAAUCCAUGGUCAGGUGCUCAAGGAAAACCUUGAGUUGGAUGUCUUCGUGAGUACUUGUCUUAUAGACCUAUAUGGAAAAUGUGGGAGGCUGAGUGAAGUGAUAUCCUUAUUUUAUCAGGUAUCUAGGGAAACCUCUGUACCUUGGAAUGCCAUAAUCUCAUGUCACGGACUUCAUGGACUCGGCGAGACAUCCUUGAAAUUCUUUGAGGAAAUGUUAAACGAAGGAGUGAAGCCAGAUCACGUGACCUUUUUGUCUUUAUUGAAUGCUUGUAGCCAUUCCGGUUUGGUUGAUCAGGGAAAAUGGUGUUUUCAAGUGAUGCAGCAAGAAUAUGAAAUCAUACCUACUUUGAAGCACUAUGGUUGUAUGGUAGACAUGUUUGGUAGGGCUGGACUUUUAGAAACUGCAUAUAAUUUCAUUGAGAGCAUGCCUAUGAAACCGGAUGCGUCAGUAUGGGGAGCUCUACUUGGUGCUUGUAGAAUCCAUGGAAAUGUGGAGAUGGGUAGAAAAGCCUCGAGUCACUUGUUUGAACUUGAUUCACAAGAUGCUGGGCACUAUGUUUUGUUGUCAAAUCUUUAUGCAAACUUUGGGCGAUGGGAAGGGGUGAAUGAAGUGAGAUCGCUGGCUCGGGAUAGGGGCUUGUGGAAGACUCCAGGGUGGAGCUCAAUUGAACUGAAUAGCAGGGUCGAAGUCUUUUAUUCAGGUAAUCAGUCUCACCCACAGUAUGGAGAGAUACUUAAAGAACUGGGAAUGCUAAAUGCUAAGAUAAAAGGCCUUGGUUAUAUCCCAGACACUAGUUUUGUACUACAGGAUGUUGAAGCAGAUGAGAAAGAAAAUAUCCUUGCAAACCACAGUGAGAGGUUGGCUAUUGUGUUUGGAAUUCUCAAUACACCACCUAAAACUUGUAUCAGGAUAUACAAGAAUCUGCGUGUAUGUGGGGACUGUCAUAACGUCACGAAGCUCAUAUCAAAACUCACAGAAAGGGAGAUUAUCGUAAGGGAUUCUAAUCGCUUUCACCACUUCAAAGAUGGGCUUUGUUCAUGUGGUGAUUAUUGGUGACAUGUUGAUUGACGUCUAAACUCCCCAUUGAUAUCAUUCUCCAUUCAAGAAGACACUAAGACCCCGAUAAAUCUGGUGUUGUAUAUAUUCAGUGCGAGAACUUUGCAGUGUGGUUAGGUUGUCCAAAGUGUUUGUGGAAUGGAGAGUCAAGCUGUGAGAAGAAGAGCGAAUGUUAUCGCAGCCCAUCUAGCUUCUCAUGAAGAUAUAUCAGCCACUGCCACGCACGUUUUCCCCAUG